ACUCCCAUGUUAAUCAGUUCUAACAAUUCGCAAAUCCCGACGCUAAACGACAUUUGUGUUAACAAUAUGUAUCAUAAGUAUAAAGUCAGAUACCCUUGAGGCCUUUUAAAAAUGAAACCUCAGUAAUCAAUGACAAAAACGUGUACCCCACCACUGUACGUCGUAUUUCUACAGUAGGGUGGCCGUGUGAACUACUCAGUCUUCUCUCUAACUUGACUCAAGUCGGCGUUUAGUUUAUUAUUAUAUAACUACAUCGACAUAACUUAAAAUUAAAACAAUUCGUGUAUUGGCUUAAACUUAGAUUCAUUGGUAAGUGUGGUAACCCAGUUGAUUUAAUAAUUAAUAGUAAUAAUUAGCGAAAAUAUAAAUAGGUCAAUGCAAAAACCUAAUACUAAUACCUAAUUUAAUUAAUAAUAACUAAAACCUAUAUUAAAGUUAAGAUUAAAAUUAAAGGACUGUACAGACUAUACUAUACUAUACUAUAGUCUAUUAGUACAGUAAUAGUUGAAAAUAUUAAGUUGCUAAGCCUAGGGCUGGGCUCACCACGCUGUACAUACAAUUUAGCAAACAUAAUCAAAAAUUAAAAAAAUUAAUUAACAUACAUUAAUUAAACAAAACAAAUGUAUAUUUAAAACUAUUUACAUGUCAAGCCAUGGACAACACCCAGCAGCAUCAUUUUUCGGUCAGAGGUGGGAAUCAGUCAGGAUGGUAAAGUUUAAAAAGAUGUGUUUUGAGUGCAGUUUUGGAGGCUGUGAUGGUCAGUACAUUGCGGAUGUGUAAUGGAAGAGAAUUCAAUUGUUUGACAGCACAGAAGGAGAACGAUCGUUCACUGUAUGUUUUUGUGAAGUCUUGGUGACAGAGCGAAGUUGUCGAAGGAUGAAUAGACAGAGAGAUGUUCGGUUAGAUAGGAAGGGGAGGAAUUCGAGAAAACGUUGUGGCAGAGAACAGAGAGUUUGUAGUCAAUCUGUGAUUGUACAGGGAGCCAAUGAAGUGAAUGACGUAGUGGUGUGACGUAAUCACAUUUUUUUGCCUUUAGAAUUAGUCUAGCAGCUAAGUUUUGAACAUUUUGUAAUUUUUCUAAGAAUUGUUUUGGUGAACUUGAUAGAAGAGAGUUGCAAUAGUCAAGACGAGAGAGAACUAGAGCACAGACUAGGGUUUUUGUUGCACUAACUGUGAGGUAUUGGCGGAUAGAGCUGAUCUGACAAUUAGGCUGGUACCACCAGUGGUAGCUGGACAUUGAUUUCUAACGAAUAUUAUUAUAUUUUUAAUUUGGGACCGCCAAUCUUAGGAGUGCCAUAAUCUUACCAUUUAUGUAGUGAAUAAUAGAUUAGAUCAUUAGGCCUAUCUUGAAAGAGUAUCUAUGACAAAAUCACUGAUUUUAAAAAACAAAAGGAUUAUGAUGGAGUGAGAAAUUUUUUACAAUUAUUUUAUUUGGUGGUUAUUAUUAGUAAGUUAUUACAGUUUAAAUCAUUACAGUUUCAACUUUCCUUCCAACACAAGAAGUAACAGUAGCCUUAAAUGAUAAUAUAAAUAAUAAAGGUCCAGCAUAGUAAAAUCACUUUGAUUUUCAUAAUCAUGAUGUUUAAACUAUAUAUAAUACUAGCUGAUAUACCCGGCAUUUGCUUGGAUAGCAUCCGGAGCAAAGGAACUUCUACAAACUUAUAAUUAACAUUAAAUUUAAGCACCAUGUAAAAAAAAACAACUACUCCUCUCUAGUAAAUAACAUUGUAAUAAAUCUGUCUCCUAUCUAAACACAUUAAUAAUUACUUAAGUAAACCUUUUGCUCCCCGAUAGGAUCCCAAUCCCGGAGGGGACCCGAACGGAUCCUGUUUCCUGAUAGAAUUCCAUUUUCCGAUGAAUCCCGGUAUCCGGAGGUAUCCUGACUCCGUUUGGAUCCUGAUCCCAUCAAUAUUUUGAUCUUAGUGCGUUCUCGAUCUUGUCACUAUCCCGAUGAGAUCUCAAUCCUGAUGGGAUCCUAAUCCUGGUUGGAUCAUAAUACCUCUGGAAUUCCAAUCCUUGCGGGCUCCCGAUUCUGCCGAGAUGCAUUUUCCCGGUGUGAUCCCGAACCCUGUUGGGUCAUAAUCCUGGUGUGAUCCCAUUCCCAGUAAGAUCCCGAUACCGGUUGGAUUCUGAUCUCAGUAGGUUCCCGUUUCCUGGUGGGGUCCUGAUCCCGGUGGGAUCCCAUUUUGUGGUGGGAUCCCGAUAGAAUACCGCUCUGUGGGAUCCCUUUUCCCGGCGAGAUCCUCUUUUGAUAGGAUGCCAUUUGCCCUAUUUGAUUCCAUUACUCGAUCGGAUCACAUUACCGGUUGGUUCCAGUUUACUCAUUCCCCUUUAAACUUCUGUCCCUCAUUGGGAUUUUGUUCCUGGUAGGAUUAUGAAGGGCAUGUUUAGACAAAAUGGCCAGGAAAGUCUAGAAAUGAAUGGAACCAAACGGACAUUUCAAUCAGCUUUUAGAUACCAUUACAUAUCCCCGUAAGACAAUAUAGAACUUUCUGGAAGAUUCUAGAUUAAAUUUAAUAUCCUCCUCGAGACAUGUAAAAAUGUCUUUAAAAACGUAAUUAUUUUUCAAUUAGGAAAAAUUAUACAAGUAAAUGUACUACUAAAACUAUUUUACAUUUAAGUUGAAAGAGGAGCCCCAGCAAGGGCCCAUAUCUUAAUUGUUCCAAAUUAGUUAUGCCUGAGAUAGGGGCCCUAUAAAAAUCAGUCAGUAAAUUAUGCAGUUAAAAUUUAACAUUUGUUCCCUUAAAAUCUAUUUAAUAAUGCCAUAGAUAGAGCUUUUUAAAUAAUCGAACUUUCUGGAAAAUUCUAGAUUGGAUAUUCUUAGUUUUAAAUCUAGCAAUAUUCCAAUACGGAUAAUGAAGUGUAUUGCUAUCAUGCUAGGCCUAUAUCCAUCAAUUCACAUAAACCUAUAGUGUUGUCUAAGCCUAUACUUAUAGACUAUAAGGAAAAAUGAAGUGAUAAAAACUUUUUCAAUCAAGACUUAAAAAAAUUGAUAUUGCAUAUUUGAGAAUAGUUCUGUCGAUUAAGAAAAGUUUCUCUACAAAUCAUACCAUUUGAAUUGAUGGAGCACCGUCUAUAACUGGCUUUAACCUUUCAUAGUUGUCAAAACAAGUGGAAAACAAAAUCAGUGUCAAAUGUUUUUAAUAUUCCUUUUGUCAUUUAUUGCCAAUAUCUUGUAGCUCAAAAUUUCAGUGCUCUUAAUUACUGCAGUGGGAUGCGCUCAAAAUGAUUGAAUAUUCCUGACUCCCUGCAUUGAAAGCAUUGCAUCAUAUAAUUUGCUGCUUUUCAUUGAUGUUUGUUGGAACAAAUCCCUCUCAUGGUGCUAACUCCAAAGACAUGCAAGACAUUGCGUCUCAUGGUGCUGACUCCAAAAACUUCAUACAUGACAUUGCUUCUUAUAAAUUUGCAUUUUCUAUGGAAUCAGACCAGUCUUAAAAUAAUCAAACGGUGUUCCUUACUUUGGAAUAAUAAGGCAUUAAAUAUUGUAAAUGUGAAAUAUCUAAAACUCUUGCUAAAUAAUUAUCCUAUAAAGGUUACUGCUUGAUUCAAUUAUUCAACUUAUAAAGAUUCUUUUGUUUUGAUGCAUUGUUCAAAUAUUUGUUAUAAUUUUACAUGUUAUUGUGUGUUAUCUUCCAUAGAGGUUGUGAAAAUAAUAUAAUCUUAAAAUGCUAAAAACUGAUUUCAAUGGUGGGGUAGUUUUUGGGCCCAAGGGGGCGCUGGCUGGAAAAAGAAAAACGGCUGUUCACCUACAUUCUUAGUUUUAUGCUUAUUUAUAAUUUCCAUAAAACUAUUAUGGAUGAGUUUCUUACUCUUGUCUUCCAGAUAUAUGAAAAUGAAUGACUCUUGUGCUGCAGCUAAAUCAAGAACAGUGGGGCUGAAUCAAGGAGCAAAAUCUCUCCUCCGUAAUGUCAUACGCCACACAGACACUCAUAAUAGAGUAAGUUUUGUGAAUUUAUCUUAGUAUUGGCUCUGGCAUUUCAAGUCAUGAUAGAUUUUAAAUUUGAGCUAUAAAAUAUAAUGAUACAACAUACAAAUGAAUGCCCAUAUUUUAUACUAUAUUACCAAAAAUAAACACAAAGACCUUUUCUUUAAACUUAUAUGACCAUUCAUGGUGUUAAAAUAUCUUUGAAGUUUUUUAGCAGUAAUAUUCUUCUUCUAUGUUUUGAGGGCCCAUGAUCAAUGUAUCGAUCAGUUUGGCUCCUAUAUUAAUCAGUGUUCCAGCUCCUGAUUAUGUUUCUAAUUUGUACACCAAGUCCCAGGGAUUAAAACAAAUCUUCACUGAAACAAUAUCCUUUAUUAUCUUGCAUUCCCUCAUGUUUAUAUCUUUCAAAGCUUUCCCCCCUUUCCCAACAUUAUCAUUUCAGCAUUUGCAUGAUCUUUAGUAAAUAGUUUUUGAUUCACAUUAUAAAAUCUAGGUUAAUUAAUGACAAUUUUUAAACCAGUAAUGAAUAUUUAUUGUUAUAAUUUUUCAUUAAAUGCAACAGGUCAGAUGUGACCCUUGAACUCUUGUCUUGGCAUAUCUUUCAACUUCCAUUUUAAAAUAAAGCAACCUCUUUUCAGCAUUUAGAGGAAUCAGAAAUGUGGCAGCUGCACCAGAAAUUGAAACAGGAAAAUUUCAUGGAUUAUGAGGACAGACGUAAACACACAACAGCUGAUAGGACAGAUCAGCACCAAAGGAAGUUGAGCAAUAAGGACGACAAGAGCAAGGACAUCAGAGAUCCUCAUAUACAGAACUCUUACUUAUAUGAUGACAGGUAUAAUGAGAGCUCUAAUAUUGUUACAUUUUUAAUGAUACUUGUUUCACAAAUAAAAGUUUUAGAUGAUACUUGUUGUUCCACACAUAAAAAUUUGAGAUAAUGAAUGCUUUAAUGUUAUUAAAAAUUAUAUUGUUUUUUCAAUUAUUUUAGAAUAAUUUCUUAAAAUAGGGCACCCAAGACUUGCCCAUGCAGUGAGCCUUGGAUAGGCACCCUUUGACAGCCCUACUAAUUGCACCCUUUGACAGCCCUACUUAUGGUACCAGUUGACAGUCCUACUUAUGGUACCCAUUGACAGUCCUACUUAUGGUCCCAUUGACAGUCCUACUUAUGGUACCAGUUGACAGUCCUACUUAUGGUACCCAUUGACAGCCCUACUUAUGGUCCCAUUGACAGCCCUACUUAUGGUACCAGUUGACAUCCCUACUAAUGUUAUCAGUUGACAGCCCUACUUAUGGUACCCAUUGACAGCCCUACUAAUGGCAAACAAGAUACUUUUGGCCUCAAAGUGUGUGUUUUUAACAGUAAUUUGUGAAGUAAAUAAUUACCGGUAUGUAUCUUGUUCAAACAGAGAGGACAUGGGAGGGAAGAGAAGAGGAAAGAAAAGGGCACACAUGGAUGAUGUUACUUUGGAAGAAGAAGAAGAUCAAGGGAAGAAUGGAGGACAGAGCACCUACUGGCUAAAACAGCUCCAUAACUUUGAAGAAGCUGACCCUGACAGGUAGUUCAUUCACUUGUCAGUUGAUGUCACUUGUCAGUUGAUGUCACUUGACAGUUAUUGUUUAACUUGUCAGUUGAUGUCACUUGACAGUUUAUGUGUAAUUUGUCAGUUGAUUUCACUUGACAGUUUAUGUGUAACUCGUCAGUUGAUGUCACUUGACAGUUUAUGUGUAACUUGUCAGUUGAUGUCACUUGACAGUUUAUGUGUAACUUGUCAGUUGAUGUCACUUGACAGUUUAUGUGUAACUUGUCAGUUGAUGUCACUUGACAGUUAUUGUUUAACUUGUCAGUUGAUGUCACUUGACAGUUUAUGUGUAAUUUGUCAGUUGAUUUCACUUGACAGUUUAUGUGUAACUCGUCAGUUGAUGUCACUUGACAGUUUAUGUGUAACUUGUCAGUUGAUGUCACUUGACAGUUUAUGUGUAACUUGUCAGUUGAUGUCACUUGACAGUUUAUGGGUUGUUGUUUUAUAGGUCACUUGUUAGUUGAUGGGUUGUCGGUUUAUAGGUCACUUGUUUAGUUUAUGGGUUGUCGGUUUAUAGGUCACUUGUUAGUUAAUGGGUUGUCAGUUGUUAGUUUAUGGGUUGUUGGUUUAUAGGUCACUUGUUAGUUUAUGGGUUGUUGGUUUAUAGGUCACUUGUUAGUUUAUGGUUUACUUUCCAGAAUAAACGUCAAACGCUUGCUUGAUCUAUCUUUAACAUGAUAUGAAACAGGAUACAUGAUAGUAAUGAUAGUGAGUCUCUUUGUCUGAGGCUCUAAUUAAGUAAUUAACUCUCUCGAGUACACUCACUGUACUUUGAUUUCACUGUACUUUGAUUCUACUUUUAGAGGUAGCAAUUGUCAUAUCUAUAAGCCGGGACACAGAGUUCCCUUAGAGCUUCAUACAGAUAUUUCCUAUCUACGCUUUCAUAAGUUGUUUUAUAGUUCAUAUAAAGUUGGUGUAUGAUGAUGUUUUAUUCAUAUCAUUUCUCCAGGAGCCAUCUUAUAGUAAAGUUAUGAUCUUGGUUGAUCUAUUCUGUCCACAUCCACAUUGAUAGUCCCCUAGGAUCUGUUCACUAUACCUUUCCUGUUUUCUUGCUGUUAGUUUAGUCAGGUUUUUGUAAGUUACAUUAAGUGAGGAAGUUCCUCAUUGGAGCAGUCCUUUUUUUCUGUUUUUGUGAAUUGGUAUUCUGAGCGGAGUGUCUCACUCUAUUGGCAUUUCUUCCUCCUGCCAGAUUCUUGAUAGGAGGUCGUGUCUUUGCCUAUGCAGUUUGUUUUUACCUAGUUUUAUCAGCCCUGCAAUGAUAAGGUCUAUUCAAUUCCUGGGGCUUUAUUUUUCAUGGUAAAAAUCACAUCUUUUGUUUCAUUCUGUGUUGGUUUACCAAUCGGUCCGGUCCGCCUUGUAGUAGGUGGUAAACCUCAUUUUCACUUUCCACUUUAAUACAUCAGACCACAGUCACUUAUUUCUGCUUACCUUGUUUUACUACUACAUGAAUCCAUGUGGUUUGUUAAAUGUGGCAUAAUCAACCCUUGAACUGUGGUCGGCCGAUAUUGUCGUUCUGUGCUGUGGCGGCCGAAGAAAUCGGCCCGGUCCGAUAGCAACUUCCAAUCCAAUAUUUAACAGAAAUUAUAGCCACUUCCUUUUAUUAAUAAUUAAAUCAUCUUCCGGGUUAAGCUGUUUAUUGAUAACUUAAAAAUAAGUACUUUUUAAUCGGAGUUUUGUAUCUCUGUUUUUUUUAAAGCUAACAUGGUUGAAGCUAUGGCCGGGCCUUCAGUGCAAGAACUAAUAGAAAUAUUUUUAAAAGCUUUUAGGAGAGGAAUUAAGUGAUACUGACGAUGAUUUGAACAUUCCCCAUGACGAUAUUAGUUGAGAUUCUUCUUCUCGUAAAUCUUAUACUAGUUUUAGUCUUAGUGAUACUGAAGUAGGUCUACUGUUAAGACUUCGAGCCAGGCCCCAGAGGUUGGGCAAGGACUGACUGAAUUUUAGUCACAAAAGCUACAGAUUAUAGUUUAGAACUAAUAAAUUUUAUAGUUAAACAACCCAAAUCAGUUCCACAGUUCCUUUUUAAAUGUUUACUAGUCAAUAACAACUAUUUUGCCUGAGAUUUUGUAUUUUGUACUUGCUUUUAGCUGUGGUCCCAGUUUAUUAUAUAAAUGACCUAAAAUUACUAAAAUUGCUUUCAGAGGUUUAAUUGUAAUCAAAACCUGAGCAAACUAUACAUUUUCUGAAAGAUAAAUGAAUUGGCUACAACAUUUAGAUUUGUGUUUCAAGUGUAUCUAUAAAAAUUAAUGAUGUUAUAAGAAAUUUGGUCCAUUUUUUUUCCUUUGAGAACUCCAAGGUCAAGGACACUAAGCAAAAUUUUUUAUGGGGUGGGCAAUAUAAGCCAACUUUAUCCCCAUCCAUUUACCUUUUAAAAAAUAUAUACUUAUAGGGGUCUUGUAUCAAUAUUUCUAUGUCAUUUAAUGCAAUUUCAAAAGUCUUUCAAAAGGCUCUGAAAAACUCCCCCACUACAGAAUGAUGCGUGCCACAGUUCAACGGUUAACAUCAGACCACAGUCACUUAUUUCUGCUUGCCUUGUUUAACUACUACAUGAAUCCACGUAGUUUGUUAAAUGUGGCAUUAUUAACCAUCACCUAUGUAUAAAUAUAUUCAUAUAUAUAUAAAACAUUUCCACAUUUAUAUCUAUUGAAAUAAAGAAAUGAUUAGCACAUAAUAUUUAAAAUGAUGUAUGAUUUAAGGUAAAGAAUUUUACAGUUGCUUUUAAAUACAUAAUACCUGGUCACUAUUAAAUCCAAUCACAUAGAGGGAUAAAAAGAUGCAUUCUAGUUGGUUUUAUUCCUUUUACAAGUCAGUUCAUUAUUAACAUUUAGUACUACAUCUUAGGUCAUUAUUAACAUUUAGUAAUACAUCUUAGGUCAAUAUUAACAUUUAGUACUAAUUCUUUAUUUUCAUAUAGAAAUCAUGUAUUCGUAACAAGUUUUUUAAAAUGAUUUUAAAAACUAUUUUGACGCUAAGGUGGGGCCACAGUGGCUUUAAAGAGCUUUAUCCUGAAGUCUAUGACAGUGACAAGAGCAGUGAAGACAAGUCAACAAAAAGGAAAUCCAAGGAUAAAUCCAGUAAGAAGAAGCACAAGAAAAAAAAGAAAAAGAGAGAACGUGACAAGAGUGAAAAAAACAUAAAAAGGGAAAAACAUAAGAAAAAAAGUAAAGAUAAAAAGCACACAUUGAAUUCUGGCAAAAAUUCUGAUUCCAAAAGUACCCAUGGCAAACACAGAGAUGGAAAUUCUUCAGAUGACGUGAGUGAAGAUAACUCUUUUGAAAUGGAGAGAAAAAAGAAGAAACGACGGUACAACAGGGUGGAAAAUGAAAAACAGGUUAUCAAAGGAGAGAAUCAAUGUGAAUCUCCACACAGGAAAAUGGCAAGGAGAAAAUAAUUGCCUUUAACCAUUAUUAAAUAAAUAAUUGUAGCAAUUCAAUGAUGUACAGCAUGUAUGUCUUUCUUUAACUUUAGUUUAUUUUUGUUAACAACCCAUGUCUCCUUGGGUGGUGUCUGUUAGGGUUUAACUCUCAGGCUUUCAACCUGGAUGUUUACCCUUAGUUCCAAACUGCCAUCUCUUGGAUGUUUACCCUUAGUUCCAAACUGCCAUCUCUUGGAUGUUUACCCUUAGUUCCAAACUGCCAUCUCUUGGAUGUUUACCCUUAGUUUCAAACUGCCAUCUCUUGGAUGUUUACCCUUAGUUCAAACUGGCAUCUCUUGGAUGUUUAUCCUUAGUUCCAAACUGCCAUCUCUUGGAUGUUUACCCUUAGUUCAAACUGCCAUCUCUUGGAUGUUUACCCUUAGUUCCAAACUGCCAUCUCUUGGAUGUUUACCCUUAGUUCCAAACUGCCAUAUUUUGGAUGUUUACCCUUAGUUCCAAACUGCUAUCUCGUGGAUGUUUACCCUUAGACUCAGUUCCAAACUACCAUCUUUUGGUUGUGAGGUGCUACCAUUGCACCAAGGGCCCCAGAAAAACUUAUUUUAAGAUAAAGAGUCUCUACCUCUCAUGUUUGUAAAAUAAACCAAUGCUCCUCCAACUGCCCUCUCAUGUUUGUAAAAUAAACCAAUGCUCCUCCAACUGCCCUCUCAUGUUUGUAAAAUAAACCAAUGCUCCUCCAACUGCCCUCUCAUGUUUGUAAAAUAAACCAAUGCUCCUCCAACUGCCCUCUCAUGUUUGUAAACUAAACCAAUGCUCCUCAAACUGUCUGUUGUAAUAAUCUCGGAACAUGAACCAAAAUUUUAUAAAAUUCUAGAAGUCUUCUGAAGCUGGAAUCCAAACAUUGAAUUUUGUAAACACUUUUUAACACCUUUAGUAUAAAAGUAAUAGAAACUUUAUAUCCACGUGCUGCUUUAUCCAAGCACAUCAAAUGAAUAACCUGAUAAUAGGAGAGUUUAUAGCGUUAUAGUUUCAAAAAAAUGGCUCCUAGACUAACUUUGACCAGGGCAUACAUGGGACUUGUUUAUGAUGGAUUGUUGAAAUAGGCUAAAGUUGUCUUGAUCUGCUUACAGUGCUAACCUGGAAGAAAUGUUCAUGUUCAGUGUCAAAAUUACAAAUAUGUAAAAAAAAAAAAAAUCAGAUGACACCAUCAUUUGCUUAGUAGCUUGUGGAAAUACUAGCAGGAAGAACAUCAAAUUGUUAGAUAAGCAUGUGCAGCCAAGAAAUAAAGAGGCAGUGUAAUUCAUAUAUUUUCUUUGUUAUGUUGUGAGGGAGUCUCAUUCAUAUAUGUUCUUUGUUAUGUUGUGAGGAAGUGUGAUUCAUAUAUGUUCUUUGUUAUGUUAUGAGAGUGAGGGAGUCUAAUUCACAUAUGGUCUUUGUAAUGUUGUGAGGGCAACAACUUGGAUAAAAAAUGUUCAAGACAAUUGUAUCACAUUGUGUUUGUUGGAUUCUCCCAUAAAAGUUGUCCCACUUAAAAACUAGCCCUAAACAAGCACUGGGUGUCAGUUUGUUGGAUUCUCACAUAAAAGUUGUCCCACUUAAAAACUAGCCUAAACAAGCACUGGGUGUCAGUUUGUUGGAUUGUGUCUCCAUUCAUUCCUAUGAAAUUUUCUUCCUAUUUAAAUCAUCUCAAACUAAACCCAAGCAUCAACUAUUGGUAUGAGUAAAAAUUGUCAAUUUAAAAUGCCAUUUUGCUCCACUGCUUUGUUUGUUUGUUAAUGUUUGUUUGUUUUGUUUGAAAGGCCCUGCACUUGUGCCUUUAUUUUGUGCUAACUUGAUGUGAAAAAUACAAGACUCUUACAUAUGAUUAUUUAGCUGAAAAUCAAUUCUUGUAAUGUUGACAUACUUUUGAAGUACUGCUCAAGAAAAUCUACCCCAUCUCCCAGUGCUAACUGAUAACUUAAUGCAACC